AUUAGUAGGUUGUGUUCCAGCCACCAUAAACCAUAGAGUGUAAAAUUUUGACGUACAGUGGUCAUUCUUGAGUCGUGACUUGAGCUUAAUGGAUAAAAGAAAAAAUCUUGAAAAUCACUCGUUCGUAGUUAUUCUUAUCUAUGCUCGCAGAUGUUUCCACGUGUUGUGAUUUCCUUAAUUUUCUUCAAAACAAUAUUUAGUGAUUAAACAGGAAGUAAUUAAUUGAAAUCUGCCAUAAUAUUACAAAAUGCCUAAAUCGAAAAGAGAUAAGAAAGUUUCCCUCACACAAACAAACAAAAAGGGUUUGCUUUUGAAACAGAAGACUAUAGAAGAGAUCAGAAAGUCUUUGUCAAAGUAUGAACAUAUUUUUUUGUUCACUGUUGAUAACAUGAGAAACACUAAACUGAAAGACUUACGAAGUGAAUGGAAGGACUCCAGAUUCUUUUUCGGCAAGAACAAAGUUAUGGCAAUUGCGCUAGGAAAAUCUAAAACGGAUGAAGUUGAAGAUCAAUUGAACUUGUUGUCAAAGCGAUUAAAAGGUCAAUGUGGUCUACUAAUGACAAACAGAGCUGUCCCUGAAGUCAUGGAAUGGUUUAAAGAUUACAAAGCCACAGAAUUUGCUCGCUCUGGUUUUGUAGCAACUCGUGAUGUUAUACUGCCGGCAGGUCCACUUGAAGACUUCUCACAUACAAUAGAACCACAUCUAAGGCGACUUGGACUCCCCACAUCACUUGAAAGAGGUGUAAUAAAUGUCAUCAAAGAAUAUCAGGUGUGCAAAAAAGGUACUCCACUAACACCAGAGCAGGCUAGUACAUUAAAACUUCUUGGCAUUGAAAUGGCAAAAUUCAAAUUGGUAAUCAAAUGCCAUUGGACUAAAGGCAAGGGUUUUCAAAAGGACUUGGAUAUGGCUAGUGAUGAAGAGGAAAAUGAUGGUGAUGACAAUAAUGAGAUUUUAGAAGAUACCAUGGAUGAGGAUGAGACUUGAUUUAAUAAAUAAAUAUAUUUAUAUUAU